AAUAAUGUGUGUGCCAUUAUAUGCGCUGUUCGACAUUGCCUUAUUGUCCGUAUGUCACGGAGAGCAACAAAUUAAUGUAAGUUUUACAGAACAGUUUCACAGCACGUGGAGUUGUGGCCACUGAACACGUGCCAAGAAUGUGAGGCUACGCUCUAAGCAGCAUACUGUCGCAGCUUGUUGUUUGAAAUAGUUUCACCAGUGUUCUAGUUUUCAUUUUUCUUAUUUCAUAUUUUAGGUUACAGGUGCCUUGGAAUCCCAUCACAACGUGUAGACAUGUUUCCUCGGGAGUGUCUGAUUUUGACAGCCACUGACAGGGAGUGUCUCCGGAAAAAUAUAUUUUUAAUGAAUCAUAAAAGUCGAAUGGGCACGUUCCCUUUUGGCAAGCAUACACAAAGUGAGUCUUAGCAAGCAAACUACCAAGCGACUAUUGAUGAAUGGGUGGUAUUGGUAAAGCAGGCCUGGUAAAUACUCUGAUAAAAAGCAGACGAACAUAAAUACGCUGGUUAAUAGGGAUUUUUUGGCAAUCACCAUUCAAGCACUUGGCACUCUGGCAGGGAGCGCCCUAGUGCGAAACACGGGAGGCAGUACGUUCAACAGUUCACGGUUUUGUAAAUAUUUGAAGGUGUGUUACUGGCCAUUAUAUAUAAACAAGCACGUUAACCUGUUUUAUGAGCUUUAUACACGUAUUGUAAUGACAUUGAUGACAGUUGGACAUUUGUGAUUGCAUGUUAAAUGGUUGACAUUGUUGCAAACCUGUUUUCUAAUCACGCUCGCCUCACGUUCUUCAACUGCAGCCUUUGUGACCCCUCAUGGUAGAGCUUUCCAUGAUUACCAACUAUCAGGUACAUGAAGUGUGCGUUAGUUCAUGCCAAUAGAAGAGGUCGUUAAUCAUGAAAACAUGGAUGGCGAUUGUCCAAAAAAAUGAGAACUGCUGGAGUUAAGAAACACUGUUCGAGUAAGCAAUAUUACACUGGCAUUACGCACACAUUACAUGAGUAAUAAUAUCGUAACAGAAUUCCAAUGUAAUAAUAGGUGUUUUACCCUUUUAUCUGGCAACAAAACUGAUACCUUUAUUACAAGGGAUCAGGAGGUCUCAUGAUAUAAGAAUUCCAAUGUUUUAAUGUCUCGGGCAUUGCACAAACGGCAUAGUGAUUGGCAUUGCAUACUGUAGGAUGUAAUAGUGGAGUGAAGCAUUUUGUUUGCCCAGUGUUGACGUGGAAUGAAUUGGCGUAGCCCGGGAGAAUUUAUUUGAAAUCCUAGGGGUAACUUGGGAUUUAUAUGGAAGGCUGGAAGGUGAUUACAUGUUUACAUAUUUCCUCGUGACAGAUUGGCAAUACAUUUGUGUGUUUGUUUUCCUUAUUAAUAUAGAUUUGUCGUGUUAACGUUCAUGUGAUGUCAGUUUAACUGAUUUGCAUUUUUUACGAGUGAAUUCAUCGUAAUUGUCGUCGUAAUCGCCCUAAUCAACUCACAAUUGCAUGAAAUCGACACCAUUGAUGGGCCCCAUCUGUCUGAUAUUUGUUUCUGGAAUGUUUUUCCCUCAAGGUCACUCUGAGGACAAAACUAAUUUAGUCAAUCCUUUUUAGCUAAGUUUUUGCAUCCCUCCGUGGUCGGAGCUUAAUCCUUUCUCCCUCUGGUCUGUUGACAAAUGUGUUGCUUUGGGAUCUUCGUGCCCAGAGCAGCCGCUCCAGUUGAUACGCCGUGUUGAGUUAUUCCCCCAAGUGGCAUCGUCUUUUCCUUUGUCAGAGCGCCGAAUCGUAGAUAUGUGUGGCAGUCAAGUGUUGUCAUAAUUUGCAUCAAUGAUAAUUUUUCACAAGUUCAUAGGAAAUCAACCAAUCACUAUGGGCUAUACCCAAACAAACACUGUUGACCACACAGUUAACCUGGUAUUGGAAAACAGACUCGUGUUGUUGAGGUUGCGUCUCAAACUUUGACAGCCGAAACUUUUAUUUUCCCUCGAGGCACUGAUCAUUUGGCAUUUGUGAGCCGUUUAGAAUUCUCAAGAAUUGAAAGCAUGCGUUUCACUUUUUUUUCUCCCUGUAAUCAUUUACCUGUUGUCCUCUUUUUUCCCUUUAAGACUGUGCUGUUCUUCAUAUGUAGUUUAGCAAAACGCCUUCGAAUCAUUGAAACUGGGUAUAAAUGCCGCUGACCAAUUCACCCAGAUGUCGGAUGCUGAGCUGUGUAGAGGCCGAAAAGUGGACGUUUGUGGAAAAGAGCUUCGUAGCUCAUCGGAUUUCUCCGGGAUAAAUAAAGAUUCUGAUUCUGAUGGUACUCGGAUGUACGAUCACGUGCAUGAUACGUGUUACAGACUGCGUGGUGAACAGCAGAAUGCAGUUGAACAAAAUCCAUGUGUUGUACUGUAUUUUUCUCCACCAUCUCCACCCUCGCCUGACCAACGUGUAGGAGGAGAUACGGCGGAAUAACCCCCACAUCCAGCAGUGGAUUAACAAUCGGGCGGCACCUGCGCAUAGGAGAGGGAGUUUUGGUGGCUGUCAGUGCUGCAGUAACGGAACACUAACGCCAACAUGUCGGACGCCAGUGAGAUGCUGGCUGCUGCCCUUGAACAGAUGGAUGGCAUCAUCGCAGGCUCGAAGGGCAUGGAGUACGGCAAUGGGCUUUUCGAUUGCCAGUCUCCCGUGUCUCCAUACGGCGGCACCAUGAGCUCGCUGGGCGGCCUGCGCGUGCUGCAGCUGGUGGAGGAGCUGCGUGGAGCACUGGACGCGGUGGGAGGAGAAGAUGACAGGGAGACGCUGAGGUCACAGAUACCGGACUCAACCAUCGACACCCUCGCGGACUGGCUGCACUGCGGCAUGACCAAUGGCCACUUGCAGUAUGGUGGCGCGGAGAGCUACCAGGAGAGGCUGUCUCGUUUGGAAGGAGAUAAGGAGUCUCUUGUGCUGCAGGUGAGUGUCCUGACGGAUCAGGUGGAAGUCCAGGGAGAGAAGAUCAGGGAUCUGGAGGUGUGUCUGGACGAGCACAGGGACAAGCUCAAUGCCACCGAGGACAUGCUGGAGCAGCAGGAGCUGCUAAGCCGCACAUCACUGGAGACCCAGAAGCUGGAUCUGAUGGCCGAGAUUUCGUCUCUCAAGAUAAAACUCGCCUCUGUGGAGAGGGACAGAAGCGAGUUUAUGGAUAGGAGCUGUGAUGGAGAGGAUUUUAUGCACGAGAUAGCUGAGCUGCGGAGAAGGGUGGUGGAGCUGGAGGGGGAGAAGGUUCACUUUGAAAAGAAACUGAAGAACACCAAGUCUGCCAUGGCCAAGCUGGCCAGCAUGAAACUGAAAAUCGGACAGGUACAAUACGAGCGGCAGCAUUGGGAGCGAGAGUGCUUGCAAGCCAAGGUGGAGCUGGACGAGCUGCAGGAACUGCUGAUGCAGCGUGAGGUGGAGGUGGAGGGACUCAAGGACCAGCUCGUCAACCAGAUGACGGAGCAGGCCGAGACCAUCGAGAAAGAGGAGGAAUUAAAACGGAUGCUGAGAGACAGACAUCAAGAAAUACACCGGCUAAAGGUGGCGAUGGAGUCACUGAUGGCUGCCAAUGAGGACAAGGACCACAUGAUAGACGAUCUGCGGCAGUCCCUGACGCGCUACAGGAAGGUGCAGGAGAUGGUGCUGGCCGCCAAGGGUAAGAAAGGGUCUUCUGAGCAACUGCCGGGCAGUUCAAGCGACGAUAACCUGAGCGCGGAGAUGAUGAACAUGGACGCGGAGGAAUUCCUGGCCGAGGAGAGUUUUGGCAUUCAGAAAGAUGCCGCCCCGCCUGCUGACACAGAGCCAGAGCAACAACUGCAGAUCAAAGCGGAUGAUGUAGAGACAGUGGAUUAUCCCACUGAAAAUGGAGACGCACAGAAGGGAGAAGAUAGUGAUGAGGCUGUGCAGGAGAUGGCACCGCAGCCGGCAUCCAGGUCACGUGACUGGCAGGCCGCCAGCAGCCCUGAACACGUCCAACAAGACGUCGCAGAGAAGAGUGUGGUGUGGGAGCGGAAGGGACGCGAGCCUGCCGAGCUGGCCCAGCGCCUUGAAGUGAUAAUACAGAACAAGGCGUUGCAGGAGGAGGAAGGAGGGUCCCGCCUGCAGACCCUGCCCCCCAGCUCCCCCAGCUCCCCCGCGCUGGAGCGGCACCUUGCCGACGAGGGGGCCAGCGGGGGGGCGGCUCGCAAACCCAGGGCCUCAUUUGGGCGUGGGUUCUUCAAGGUGAAGGGAGGCAAGCGCACGGCCAGCGCGCCCAACCUGGAAGUGGACAAGGACUCAAGUGGUCGGCUCAGUCCCUCGGAGCUCGCCUCCCCUCCCAGCGCUCCGCUCUCGCCCGAGACUCGGAAGAAGUCGCGUGGAAUCAAAAAAAUCUUCGGAAUGCUGAAGAGGAGCCAGUCGACGAACUUAAACCCCGAGGAGGAGCGCGAGGAGGAGUUCCGAAGAGGGGGGCUGAGAGCCACGGCCGACCCGCGGCUGGGCUGGUCACGUGACCUCCGUGGGGGCUCCAGCGACCUGGAUGCGCCAUUUGCCAAGUGGUCAACGGACCAGGUGUGCAACUGGCUUCACGAGCAAGGCCUGGGCAUGUACGUGGGCAUGGCGCGCCAGUGGGUCACCUCCGGGCAGACGAUGCUCCGCGCCACCGCACACGACCUGGACAAGGAGCUGGGCAUCAAGCACUCGUUGCACAAGAAGAAGCUGCAGCUGGCCCUGCAGGCAAUGGGCUCGGAGGAGGAGAACUCCAAGGGCGAACUCGACUACAACUGGGUCACGCGGUGGCUGGAUGACAUCGGCUUGCCACAGUACAAGGACCAGUUUAACGAAGGGCGAGUGGACGGGCGCAUGCUGCACUACCUGACGGUGGACGACCUCCUGUCACUGAAGGUGACGAGCCUGCUCCACCACCUGAGCUACAAGCGCGCCAUCCAGGUGCUGCGCAUGAACAAGUUCCACCCCAACUGCCUGCGCCGACGGCCCUCCGACGAGGGGAACGUGACACCCGCUGAGGUGACGCAGUGGACGAACCACCGUGUGAUGGAGUGGCUCCGCUCGGCCGACCUGGCGGAGUACGCGCCCAAUCUGCGUGGCAGCGGCGUGCACGGCGGGCUGCUGGUACUGGAGCCACGUUUCACGGUGGAGACCCUGGCCCUGCUGCUCAACAUCCCGCCCAACAAGACGCUGCUACGACGCCACUUGGCCACACACUUCGACCUCCUGGUCGGACCCGACUCUCGCCGCCAUAAGCAGGAGGCGCUUGAGGUGCCCAACCACAUACCGCUCACCGCCACGGCCAAGGUGAAGCCCAAGAAGCUUCCUCUGGGGAUCUCGGGAUUCGGCUCUCUGAGGCGACGGAAGCAAGAGGACGCAGAGGACUACGUGUGCCCCAUGGAGCUCUGCCGGCCCGGUGGCCUGGCCUCCCAGCCAGGCUUCUCCGCCGCCUCCAGUUACCGGAUGCAGGCCGGCGGCGGGCGGUCCGGCUUCCAGGACGACGAUGACCUCGACCGGCUGGAGCAGCAGAUGGAGGACUCUGAGGGCACCGUGCGCCAGAUCGGAGCCUUCUCAGAGGGCAUCAACAAUCUGACGAGCAUGCUGUCGGACGAUGACAUGUUCAUGGAGUACGCGUCAACGUCACCCAACGCUCCACACCUGGACAACGAAUAAUAGCGACACGUUCGUUUUUUAGAGUGAUGGGUGUUGGGGAGAGGGGCAAUGUUUUAUUAAUUCAUUCAAUCAGUGGCUGGGUUUUCUUUACCGGGCGCGUGGGCAAUGAUUGAAGGAGCCAGACGGAGUGUGAUCGCGAUGCGUUUCUGAAGGAGCAGCAGCAGCAGCAGCGCCCUGUGUGCGCAGAGAUAGAAAUAACUCUGCUGCUGGGGGGCGGGGAUUUGCCGUGCCAGCGUGGUGUGGGGGUGCUGCUUCUCUGCAUUGUGUCUCAGGUGCAACUCGUUACUGAUGAACCACCCACCUCCUUCCCCCUCCACCGUGUUGAUGUAAUCGUAACGUCGAAUGUUAGGGCCACGAUAACAACCUAUGAAUUACCGAAGAGAGAAAAAACACUUGGCCCACGCUUGCAGCAAGGAGUCAGUUGAUUUUUUUCUUCCUCCAGCUCUGGCAUGAAUUAAUAAUCGUUAAGUUUACACUACACAGCCAAACCUGACUGCGGUUGCCGCUUGCGGUGGGAUUGUUUUUAAUUCCAAUUUUUAUCGCGUAACGGUGUCGGUGCGCCCUGACUGCUCGUCGCGCUCUGUGCACAUCGUCGCCUGGCCACUCAUCCUCACUGCUUUGAGACGAUUGCGAGGUGUGGUCGAGGCGUGGUCACGCAAGUGCUCGGACCUCACAGCAAUGGCGUUGACCUCUGCGUGAUGAGGGCAGCGAUGGUGAGGAUGGAUGCUGGGGUUCUGUCGUCAUUUGGCGGGGGGGGGGGGGGGGUCACCUAAGGAGCAACGUUUUCAGUUUAGGCGCUGGGUCUUAAAAUGGUUAAGGAAACAAUUAAAUUAUACUAUUAAACAUCCUUUCAGCGACUAACCAUGUAAGCACCUCCAUAUUAGCAAAGUUUAUAUUCUGUACGAUAAGCUGUCAUUAUUGGUAGAGUAAUUUACAGUAGAUUGCUAAGAUAUGUAAAAUGUAUCCACAAAGAUCAUAUUUUGUGAGUAACCUUGUCAGCCAGGAAAGACAGUGUUACACGUAAUAUUUCCUUUUUUAAAUGUAACUUAAGGGGAGUUCAAUGUGUUGUACGUAGCUUGACAUUGAUGGUACCAAACUCAACAAGUGACUGCUUCUAAGGCCAUUUUUGCAGCCUUACAACUUGAUAUUAUUAUUUUUAAUCACUGCAAAUAUAGUAUUUUAUUCAUCUGCUUUCUGUGGUGUUCUUAUAUGCAAUAUGAAAAUAUAUACUUCUAUACAGAUUAUUUAAGUGCUUAAAAAGAGAUAUCUGUGUAACCUUCGCAAAUGUACCUAGGUGAGCUUCUUGUGUCUUACAGACCACAACGGAAUGAGUUGUGAAGCUUACAUAGUAUAAAAGUUUAAAAACUGACAUUUCAAAAGUUUAAAAUAGAUGCCAACGAUUAUCUAUAUAUACAGAAAACACGGGGUGCAAUUGUGACACUCUGAACUGUGAUUCUCUAUAAAAAAAAAUUCCGAGACCGUAUUUGUCAUUAUGGUUUAAUACAUAAUGAUAGCAGGUACAGAGACCACGUGCCGAACGACGUGGGUUGGCGCACUGUCGGCAAGUGUAGUAACGCGACAUUUCUCAUCAAAACGUUUGCUUCUGUACGGUUUUUGUAAGACUACCUGGGAACUCAGCAGUCAAAGAAGCGUCUGUGUUUCUGUGAUCGCUUUUAUUUUUGCCCUGAUGUUUACGCGCGCGCGCAGCUCAGAAUCAUGUCCCCCGGGGGUGUUGACAAACUGAAGAGUGAAAACAAUUUUCAUAUUUGCGAGCACUGCCAUGUGUGAACAUCACUGGGAAAUCUGUCCACAUUUGCUUUGCUUUUCAUCUCAAGCGUUCGGCAAAAGAUGCACGCUGGCCUACAUCUGUAAAGACACGUUAUGUUGACUGCAGUGCAGCGGUUAAACACUCCACUCGGCCCACAGUCUUUCGUUUUUCUGUUAUGCUAUAAUUGUGUGGCUCCACUUGUGUGUACUCUCUGCCAUGCACGAUAAGAGUGCCAAGUUGCUGUUUUUUUGUACGCACACAACACACGGUAAAAUCAUGAGAAUCUUCUGUAGCCCCGGCGAAAAUUAUAGGUUAGAAAUAGCAUUUUUUAUAUAUUUAAUCGUGCUCUGCUUCUAAGUUUCGUAUUCAUGUAAGCCAUAUUCCCAGAUAUCCUGAUGCAAUCUUGCUACCAAAUAGCAUUUUAAAACAGACACAGGACGCAUUGACUUGGAUGCCCCUGCAGUCUCAUGUUUUAAUGGUCCACCUUUGCAAGAGGACGUUUUAAAAAGGGGAGGUACCGGCAGUAACUCUCGUUAGCAGGACAUUUGAGUGAAUGGAUUUCACAGGCACAUUUGACGCUUGCACAUUUGUCUGGCUAAUAAAUUAUGCGUUUGGUUUGUCAUAUCCGGUAAUGGAAGAGUUGACGUUGUGGUCAAAAGGUGGGAAUUGCACAGUGUUCAUGACCUAUCCCAGCAUUGCGGCUUUAGCCAAGGCUCUUUGAGUCCACUGUGCUCAGAGGUGCCGUCUGCUGAUGUGUAAACCAUGAAGCCAGCUGCGAUGGUCACGCGUGUAUGAACCUUGUAGCUAAUUAUGGAGACACAAAGAAAAAACAUCUAUGCAAAUUUAACUUUGAAAUUAAAUGGCUAGUAACGGAAUUGCGCAGUGACAGCAGUUAAGUAGAACAAGCGGUUUUACAGUUUUGUGCAAAUGCAUGCGUGGGCACUGCUGUGGCACCCCCCUCCGAAUAUCAACAAAUAUAAACGACACGAGAUUACUUAAUGCAGCUAACCUGUAGUCCGUGGGCCAGAGCGGAAAUUGGUACCAUCUAAUUGAGCAAAACUUUAGUAUCAAUUUGUUUGGAUGGCCACUAAGAGUGGAUGCGUUGAUAACCCCACUCAUUUCAAAUGGUUAUCACGUAAUUCGCCGAGUGGCUGCAUACAUUUCAUGAACCGCUGAAGUUGAUGCCUCCUCAGGUGGGAACGAUGGGUUGAAUAUCUGGUCUGAGCACAUGGACUCCAGUAGGUCGAGGAGAUUGGUACUUUUAUUUUUUACAUUGUAUGCAGACGUACCUGUUCACAUUUUUACUUUAAUUUCACAUCUGUAAUACAUAUAUAUAUCGUGAAAGCUACGCGGUGGAGAAGUGGCACACUCAUUGUUUGUACUGCGCUGCGAGCCUGGCGACCGAAGUUCCAUUCCCAGCAAUGUUUCGCAUCGGUGGAGAUUGAUAUCUCAACUGAUCCUGGGCUUGCUCCCUUCACCAACUGGCACUGACCAGCAUGGUGAAGUAUGGUCAAACAACUGACAACAUUAUGGGGAGGCCAUCCCGCAGUCGAUUGACAAUGAACUUGUAAAUUACAAUUUUUAUAUGCAUUUUAAGAACGUACAUAUGUCACUACAUUUUAUAGCCAACCUUAACACAGGAGAAACGUUUAUCCCUGUCAUUGUAAUUGAAAGUGGCAGGCCCCAAUCUGAAAUGACACCUGCGUAAAUUCCCAUUUGUCAUAAUGUUCUAAAAUUGGCAACUGUGGUGCCCAUCUAUUUGUCCCCUUUUUAAAAAGGCGUCAGCCCUCAUUUGGAUCUCCGCUUGUCAACUCGUUGAUAAAUUUGCAAGUUGGUGCUUGCAUGCGCGUCUGUGCCAGUCUUUAUACACAGGUAUUUAUUUUUUAUUCAAAACUGUCACGUUGCUUAUUUGCGACGUGCUGUAUGUCUUGUAUUCUCAAGAUGGAGGGUGGUUAUUAUUCACUCUCUCACAUAUAAACUUUUAACCAUUUCAAUAAAUACAAUCUAUAUUUCUUAC